UUCCUUUAAACUUAAAAGUGGUCUUAUUUUCUUGUUUGGGUUUUUUCUCCAAAAUCAAUUCUACUCUCCUAGAAGCAAUUCCAAUAGAAGCUACAAUUCCUAGCUUUUGAGGUUAGCAAGAAUCAAUUCUGCAUUUAUGAUAUUUUGGUUCUUACAAUUUUCCUUCAUUGCCUUCUUUAAUUUCUUUUCAACUGUUUCUUCUAUUUUCAAGCUACCAUACUCUCUACUUUCCAAUUUUCUGCUUUGUAUUAAUUCCUUCAUUACUCUCUUUGCUUUGUAUUAAUGAAUUUGGUAAACCAAAUUUGAUUAAGAUUUAUUACCUUCAAGUCUAUAUAUACACCAUCAUCUCUUACAACCAAAAAUACAAGGAAAAAUUCUACUCCAAGAAUAAGGGAUAAAUGAAUGAUCAGAAUGAGCAAUUGGACAACAAUAGAGAAGAAGAAGAUGGCAAUGAUGAUGAUGAUGAUGAAUUUUUUCAACAAGCUAGUUUUGUGGCUGCACUAAUUGGAGAAUACGCAGUAAGUCAAUUAUGCAAAGAACCAUGUAGAACUAGUGAAUUAAGCGGUCAUGCAUGGGUUCAAGAAAUAUUGCAAGGUAACUCCACUCGCUGUUAUGAGAUGUUUCGAAUGGAAAAACAUAUUUUUAAUUUGAUAUGCACUAAACUAGUUGAGCAUGGUUUAAAGUCUUCUAAAAGAAUGGGAGUUGAAGAAAUGGUUGCAAUGUUUUUAGUUGUUGUUGGACAUGGGGUAGGUAAUAGAAUGAUUCAAGAAAGGUUUCAACACUCAGGGGAGACUGUUAGUAGACAUUUUCAUCGGGUACUUCGUGCUUGUCUUAAGUUGUCUAUGAAAUAUAUUAAACCUGAAGAUCCUACAUUUCAUGAUUGUCAUUCAAAAAUAAAAAAUGAUCAACGUUAUUGGCCUUUUUUCAAGAAUGCUAUAGGAGCAAUUGAUGGUACUCAUGUGUCAUGUGUAGUUAAUGCCAACGAGCAAACCAGGUAUAUUGGAAGAAAGGGAUAUCCUACACAAAAUAUAAUGGCUGUAUGUGAUUGGAAUAUGUGUUUCACUUUUGUAUUAGCCGGUUGGGAAGGUACUGCCCAUGAUGCACGUGUUUUUGACCAAGCUCUCACAAAUGUGAACCUUAAUUUUCCACACCCUCCUCCUGAUUUGUUCUUUUUAUUACUACUAAUGAUUUUUUUUAUAAUAUUUGACUUCACUUUUAAAUGA